CAAAGAAAAGCCACAUGUCUUGCCCUCAGGUGUCUUCUCCUCAUUUCCUACAGUAAGUCUCCAGCAGGUAGCGUCAUUCCUAUCGUUACAAAAGUCAGUCCCUGCUUUCAGUGAGCUUAGAUUCUAAUGGGGAAGACACUGAGCAAACGGCUUUGUACAAACCCGAUCAAGGUCGGAUAAAUUGGAGAUCAAACGAUCUAGGCAUAUUGGGAAAGACUUCCUGUAGACCUCAGGAAGCCAGGGAGCUCAGGAGAUGAACUGAGGAGGAAAAUCAUUCCUUUUCAUCCGGGUCAAGCCGAGAAAAUGGCGUGGAGGAGCCAGAAGGUGGAGUGGAAGUGGGGAGCGGAGUAAGGAGAACGGAAAGAUGAGGGGGCUCUUUAUGAGCGGCUUGGAGCGCCUAACGGAGGCACUAGGGAGCCCCUGAAAUGUAUUCAGGAGUGGGGUGAUAGGAUCAGACCUGUGUUAUAGGAAAAUCACUGCUGGCUGAAUGCAAGAUGGAGGGGAGUAGGGAGGCCAAGCCCCCAGCAGCUUUUGCGGUGAUGAGGGCCUGUGGCGAGGUGGGGGCAGUGCUGGGGAGAGGAGGGAGCGUGACUGAGAGAUGCUGCAAAGGUGAACUCGUCAGGUCUUGGCCACAGCGAGGGGGAGAUGGUGAGGGAUCCAGGCUGACUUAGGUCGUGAGUCUGCGGGGCUGAGAGGAUGGUGGUGUACUGACCGCAGCCUUUUCCCACAGGACCCAUACUCGCUGAUUGACAGCCUAGGGCCUGGUGUUCAUUAUUCUCCAAUUUCCGGCCUUUGCUAAUCUUCAGUACCAGCCCCCUCAGUCUAACCAGAGUCCGGUCGACAUAGCAACCGCUAGCCGAGGCCAGCCAUUGGUUAGGCGAUCAUAGCUUUUGAUUGGUCCGAGUGGCUUUUUCUGGACCCAUUAAAAAAGAGCCCUCGGGCCGUCUCACUCCACAGACGCUGGGGGUGGGAUGGGGCUGGGGAGGGACAGUUUCCCGGCGGGAAGAUGCUGCGUGGCGCCUCCACCCCUGCUCCGCCAGGUUCUUAGGACUUUGGCCACUCCGUUCGCCUCUUCCCUCGGGUCCACGAGUGGGCGGGGCCCCUCUUGGGGCGGGGCCUCCGCUUGGCCGAGUUCGAGUGCGGGCUGCGGGGCGGUGGCGGCACUUACGGCUCCGGCUCCGCAGAAGUGGGUGUCAGAGGGCUCCCGCAGGGGAGCCCUGGGCACGGAAGUGACGUGUCCCCCGCCCGCAUUUCCGGCGUGGAGGGAGUGCGGCCUAAUGAGCUGGCGGAGGAGCCGUCGCUGUAGCCGCCGCCGCCCGGGGCCAGCGCGAGCUCGGGAGGCCCGGGCUUGGGGUCUCCCGGCCGGGGCCAUGUUCCGCACCGCCGUGAUGAUGGCCGCCAGCCUGGCGCUGACCGGGGCCGUGGUGGCCCACGCCUACUACCUCAAGCACCAGUUCUACCCCACCGUGGUCUACCUGACCAAGUCCAGCCCCAGCAUGGCCGUCCUGUACAUCCAGGCCUUCGUGCUCGUCUUUCUCCUGGGCAAGGUGAUGGGCAAGGUGUUCUUCGGCCAGCUGAGGGCCGCUGAGAUGGAGCACCUCCUGGAGCGCUCCUGGUACGCAGUGACCGAGACCUGCCUGGCCUUCACCGUCUUUCGGGACGACUUCAGCCCCCGGUUCGUGGCGCUCUUCACCCUCCUCCUCUUCCUCAAGUGUUUCCACUGGCUGGCCGAGGACCGGGUGGAUUUUAUGGAACGGAGCCCCAACAUCUCCUGGCUCUUUCACUGCCGCAUCGUCUCCCUCAUGCUCCUCCUGGGGGCCCUGGACUUCCUCUUCGUCAAUCAUGCCUAUCACAGCAUCCUGACCCGGGGGGCCUCCGUGCAGCUGGUCUUUGGCUUUGAGUACGCCAUCCUGAUGACGAUGGUCCUCACCAUCUUCAUCAAGUACGUGCUACACUCCAUCGACCUCCAGAAUGAGAACCCCUGGGACAACAAAGCGGUCUACAUGCUCUACACUGAGCUGUUCACAGGCUUCAUCAAGGUCCUGCUUUACAUGGCCUUCAUGACCAUCAUGAUCAAGGUGCACACCUUCCCACUCUUUGCCAUUCGGCCCAUGUACCUGGCCAUGAGACAGUUUAAGAAGGCAGUGACCGACGCCAUCAUGUCUCGCCGGGCCAUCCGCAACAUGAACACACUGUACCCGGAUGCCACGAUCGAAGAGCUCCAGGCCAUGGAUAACGUCUGCAUCAUCUGCAGGGAGGAGAUGGUGACGGGUGCCAAGAGGCUUCCCUGCAACCACAUCUUCCACACCAGCUGCCUGCGCUCCUGGUUCCAGCGGCAGCAAACCUGCCCCACUUGCCGCAUGGAUGUCUUGCGGGCCUCACUUCCUGUCCAGUCCCCACCCGCCCCAGAGCCUGCCGAGCAGGGCCCCCCCCCCUGCCCGCCCCAGCCCCCCAACUUUCCCCAAGGCCUCCUGCCUCCAUUUCCUCCGGGGAUGUUCCCCCUGUGGCCUCCCAUGGGCCCCUUCCCCCCCAUGCCUCCUCCCAGCAAUGCAGACGUUCCACCUGCCUCGCCGUCCACCUCAGCCAGCACCUCUCGGCCCACUGGGUCUGUCCCUGAGCCCGCUCCAGCUCCUGGCUUCCCCUUCCCUCCUCCCUGGAUGGGCAUGCCCCUGCCUCCCCCAUUCGGGUUCCCCCCCAUGCCAGUGCCCCCAGCAGGCUUUGCAGGCCUGACCACUGAGGAGCUGCAGGCCCUGGAGGGCCAUGAGAGGCAGCAUCUGGAAGCCCGGCUACAAAGCCUGAGAAAUAUCCAUACCCUGCUGGACGCUGCCAUGUUGCAGAUCAACCAGUAUCUCACUGUGCUGGCCUCCUUGGGCCCUCCCCGACCUCCUGCUCCUGCCAGUCCCACCGAGACGUCUACACCAGCGGCUGCAGCCUCCUCUUCCAGCAGCAUCCUCAGUUCUGAGGCGACGCCCCCCUCACCAGGAGCCUCCCCGCUCCCCCCUGAGCCGGUGCAGCAGCAGCCGGGUCCAUCUGCUGAGUCCAUUGGGGCUGAGGAACUAUCAGAAGAUGCGGAGCCUGAUGCGGUGGAGCUUCGCCGCCGCCGCCUGCAGAAGCUGGGAUCCCCUGCUUCUCAUUGACACUGCCCAACCUCAUCCCACUCCCCAACCUUGUGUUUUGACUGUGGUGCCCUCGUGCUCGGGUGAGAAGUGGAUCCCACCUCCCACCGCCAAGUGCCGUCUCCCCUCUCACCAGGCUUUGGAAAAGAACAUGAGGUUCCUAUGUCCUCCCAACUGGAAGAAAGGCCUGAUCCCCCACUCCUGCCACCUGGGAGCUCCCAAAUCCAGAUCAGGUGGCUUGGGCCGGAGGCCUGGUGGGUCAGUCUCCUUCCUGACCCUCACCCACCCCACCCCCAGCCUCCCUUAAUUCCAAGCAGACUUGGGGCUGCUGAGCCCUAUCUACUACUCUUGUUUGGGGGGCCCAGGAGAAGGGUGGACACUCUGAAGACACUCCCUCCGGAGCUGCAAAGUCCGGUUCAAAGUAGAGGGAGGAUCCCCUGUUCCCAGCAGUAUUAGCCCUAGCUCCCAGGGGCUCGAGGCCAGCUGGGCAUUGCCAGCCCCUACCUCGAGCAGUCCCUUUGUAGUAUCAGUAGUGCCCCAUUGCCCUCCCAUCCAUGUCUUACAGGUGACCCCAUCUCAGGAAAGUGAGUGCCUGGGGUUAGGCUGUCAAAGCCUCCUCUGGCUGGUGGUUGCCUGUGGGGGGGUCUGCCCGCUGGGCAGCUCUUUGGGAGUUCUCCCCCCAAGUGACGUGACGGGAUGUUGGAAGCACCUGGUUCUCUGGUGUAAUGAGACUGAGCCUGUUCUGUGGCCAAAAGCUCCUUCUCCUUACCCCCAGCUGGGACGGGAGGAGGCAGCCAGCCUCUAAACCAAACCGUCCCAGGGGGAAGUGCUCAGCUUUCUGAAGCUCUUUGAUUUGGGGGGUGGGGGGGGGGAGAUUUCUUGUUGCUGUCUUUUGGCUAAAACCCAACCCCAUAGCUUAUUUCAAAUGUAAACAAGCACCCACCACCCCAGCAGGGAGGUGAGGCACAGUUAGGCGUGGUUCUGCAGGGGUAGGGAGAUAAAGCCAGGACUAGGUCUAGCCUCACCCACGUUCCCCUCUUCCCCUUUGUUUCGUGUUACAAAAGUUGCUGGAGAGUUUCAGAUUAUUUAAUUUGUAAAUAUUGUACAAAUUUUAAUAGCUUCAAUUGUAUAUACGGCCAAGAUAAAAACUUGCAUUAAAGUUGGUGCCAGGUUGUGCCGUGGUACCCCUCCCCCUGGGAA